AUGACCUCCCACCGCAUCGGCGCGCGCGUCGCGGGCCUCUCGCCAGAGCAGCUGUGCGCCAUCAUCGAGGCGCAGGCGGGCGCGAGCGACGCCGCGCUGCGCGUGGCGGAGGAGCACGCCGCUCGGCUCGUGGAGCAGCCCGAGUGGGUCCUCUCCGAGGUCCUUCUCUCGCCGGACCUCGCCCCGCACAUCCUCGCCCAGCUGCCGACCAAGGAUCACGCCGUCAAGGGGACGAGACGCUGA